AUGUCCGAUACACUGGCGAACAAUAACGCGUCGGACUUGGUUAUCGACAGCGACGUUUUGCUAAAUCUCAUAGCGGAAACGGAUUCGAUUGUGGCCAAUGCUUCCGACUACAACGACACUGACGUCGAGCACUUGUGGGAACUGUACCAGAGCUACAAGAAUGACAUGAAUGUGAGCCGGUCGGCUUAUGUGUGUCUCGUAAUUGCCUACGUCACGCUCAUACUGGUGGGCACUGCCGGAAACGGACUAGUAGUCACAGCUGUGGUUCGCAAAGCGUCCAUGAGGACCCCCAGGAACCUUUUCAUCUUCAAUCUCGCCGUAUCGGACAUAAUACUAUGCAUGAUCACGAUGCCGUUCACGCUGAUUGAAAUCGUGUCGAUCAACUGGAAACUCGGAGAAUUCGCGUGCAAACUUGUGGGAAUACUGGAACCGACGAGCAUCUUCGUAUCUACGCUGAGCAUCACUGUCAUCGCUGUCGAUCGCUGCUACAUUAUCCUGCAUCCGACGAAGAAUAGCGUGCAGCAACGAGGCGCCUGCUUGAUUAUGGCGACCAUUUGGGCCGUGUCGAUCAUCUGUGGGAUCCCAUUGUUCAUGAACAGUUCCUUCCGGUCGGGACAUCGGGUUAUUGGAUGCGGGAAACGUUUGAGUCCUUGUGCCCACGAUGAUGUGGAGGACUACCGUACCUCGUUGCUGGGUGGGAUUGGACUCGGUCCCAGGCCCGAGGGGAACGUGGUAUCACUGAAUAAUGCACCCGAGGAUGUCAUGCUUCGCUGA